UCCUCUCGCAACUGGGCGGAAGUAGGAGGUGCUCUGGAGCCGGCAUGGCGGCGUGUUGGUACUGGUGUCUCCUCCUGUGUUCGCUGGCUGCCUGGGGGAGUGCGGCGCCGAUAGAGACGGGAAAGAGCGAGGGGAAGAAAGCUCAAGAGUUCUCCAGUGACAACCCACAGUUAACGGACUUGACUCAAGGUGCUUCAGGCACAGGCAUAAGCUCUGUAGACAAUAAAUCACUUCAAGUUGUACAAAAUAUCUUACAGAAUAGCCAGUCAGAAGUACCCCAGCAAGGUUCUGAUCGAGCUAAGGAAGAGGAUCCAUCAAUUAAUCAAAAAGGUUCCCAGCCUUUUUCUGAAUCCAGAAAAGCUCAGGCAAAGCUUGAGAUUCUCUCUCAAGGAGAUAAGACAGACGCAUCUCAUACAUCUUAUCUUCCAAAGUCAAACAUUAAGGAAGCAGAACAUGAAGAAGACCUAUCAAUUAAGAGCCAGAACAUUCAAUCUGGUCUUCCUACUCAAGACUCUUUUUCAAAAUUAGGUCUUGUUCAGCCUAAGAAGGGUCAGAAAGAUCAUCAUCCAGAAGGCACUAAUGCAAUUGAUAAGGAAUCAAAACAAUCACAGGACCCAUCAGCAAAAGACCAGAAAUCCCAGUCAAGUCAGUCUGCUCAACAGUCUGGUACUGCAAAGCUAGAUGCUACUAAAGCCAGCAAAGGUUCGGCAGAUGUAGAUAAAUCUGAAGAUGCUCAGACAGACACAUCUGGUACAUCUUCUCUUCCAAAGUCAAAAACGAAGGAAUCAAAGCAGGGAGAGGACUCAUCAAUUAAAGGCCCAAACCCUCAGCCUGGUGUUUCUGCUCAAGACUCUUCAAAAUUAAAUCCUGAUCAAGCUGGAAACACUCAGGAAAAGAAAGAUCACCUAGAAGAAUCUAAGACAGACAUACCUCAUUCAGAUUCAAACAUUAAGGAACCAGAACAAUCACUAGACUUGCAAACAAAAGACCAGAAUCCCCAGUCAGUUUUAUCUGCUCAAGAACCUGCUUCUGGAAAGAUAGAUUCUCCUGAAGCCACUAACGUUCAGGAAGACAAAUCUGUUAAGUCUUCUGUUCCAAAGUCAAAAACAAAGGAAUCAAAGCAGGGAGAGGACUCAUCAAUUAAAGGCCCAAACCCUCAGCCUGGUGCUUCUGCUCAAGACUCUUCAAAAUUAGAUCUUGCUCAUGCCGAAAAUGAAGAAUCUAAGACGGACAUUUCUGAUGCAGAUUUUUCUGAAGAGAUAAAUGAUGAUUCAAAACAAGUGGAAGACUCAUUAGCAAAAGGCCAGGAUCUUCAAUCCGAUCUCUCUGUUCAACAGUCUCAAAAGUUAAAUCCUUUGGAAUCCGAAAAAACUGACGAAGAAGUAGUUGACCCUGGAGAUGAACAAGGAAAAGGGUUGGCUGAUGAAAAGAAAAAGAGUGCAAAGCAUGAGGAAGAUUUGGAGGGGACACCCAGGAAUGGAUCUGAAAAUAGCCAUUUCUUUGCCUACUUAGUGACCACAGCUAUUAUUGUUGCUGCACUAUACAUUGCAUAUCAUAAUAAACGGAAAAUUAUUGCUUUUGCUCUAGAAGGAAAAAAAUCAAAGAUAACCCGAAGGCCCAAAUCCAGUGACUACCAGCGACUGGAUCAAAAGAUCUAAACCCAGACCUUUCUGCACGCUCCUGUGUUGCAUGAGGACUCGUUUUGAAAACAGCACAUAGAAACAUGAACGAUGUCCAGCCUUUUGUCAGUACUGCCUCAGAGCCUAUUGGCUUUGUUAUUGUGCCCACUUGGGGGGCUGGGGGGGGGCAACGAAAGUGCUUUUAAUUGUGCACAUGCACUUUGCCCAUUGCCAUGCCUCAUUUCCUCUUUCAAAGCCCUGGACUGUUAAUUCCCCUUUUAGCAACUUGAUGUUGGAGUGUUUUUCUCCUGCAUUGUGACUAAGAACCAAUCACUAGACAAUGGCUCUGUGACUUUCCUCUAAAUGAUUACUAUGUGUGAAAUUGAUCCUAAAGAAUGUUAAAUUGGCUGACUUUGUUUCCUCGAUUCUGGAUGUUAGAAUCAUAGUUAAGAUCGUGAGCUUGGAGCAGAGUUUAUAAAGAUUGAUUCUUGCCCCUAAAGGGCCCUCUUCCACUGAGGCAUGUAUUGCCUGAUGCACUGGUUGAACAUCUCCUGUCUGUAGACAGCAAUAUUGAAAAGUGAAUAUCCUGUACUUCCUAUCUUAAGUGUCAAUGUUUGAAAUAUUGGAGUUUUAAUGCUUGGCUUAACACGACCCAAGUUCUGGGUUGAUCACUUAGAUCAGUUGCUCCUUUUCUGGUGUUAGACUGCAGAUAGGUGUUUGAAGAAAUGUUGACUUCAGUGUUUGUCAACCCACCCUUCUCUGCCAAGCAUUCUCCAUGAAUUAAGAUCUUUCCAAUCCUUACUGCCUCAUUCCCAUGAUUGACCUCGGAAGAACAACCAGGUUGGGGCCAUUGUAAUCCAUUGCAAAUUGCACAGAUUACCCAAUGGCAAUAGGAUCUAUUUAGAAUCAAAGUCUACCGUUCUGACAGGAGACAUCCACCCGCUGUUCAAUCCAAGAAAGGAGCUGCCCAUUCCACCCCUAGCCAGAGUGUUGCCCUCCAUGUGAAGGGCACAAAAAUAGGAAUAGAUUGAUGGCACCAUUUAUAGAGAGGUGGCAGAAGAUGGCAGUUCAAGAGUUGGUAUGGUGCAUAUAUAUCCCCCCUCCCCCAUCUGAACUCAGCACUGGUGUUUCUUUAAGGCAGUCCGGUAAUGUGAAGCAGGUAUUUCACACUGUUGCUAGCUUGAAUUUGUCCUGUGGCCUUCAUAUUCUUUAAGCUGAUGUUCUGUGUGGCACGAGAAAGCUAAACCUAAGGCCUGUUUGAGGAUUACUUUGAUUUUAGUUUUCACUUUCAUUUAGCGGGCUUAAUAUCACCCUAGGUGAGAAGCCAAGUUGCCUUUAGCCUUCAUCAAAUGAUAGGACAUUCAACCUGUGUCCCCUGUCCACCUGGAAAAGUCUUUCUGCACUUUUUUCCCCCCUUAACCUCUGCAGGUGGUCACAGAUGGUACAGUCAGUCAGGCUUUUGUCUGUUGAGGCAAGCCAAAGCAUUUCUGUAUAAAAUACUUCCUGCUGAUAGAAAUGUCUCCCACCCCCCAAAAUUGGGCAGUUUCUUAUCAGCUGUUUGGAUCUCAAUAUUCAGAUACUUAGAAUUACAGAGAAGCAGUCAAACUGACCCUCUUCCAUCAUCCAGCAGCUUAGCGUGCAACCUCAUUCUGGCUCUGAAUCAAGUCAGGAAAAUCACCUCAGUGCUGGGUGUCUUUUAAAUGACGUAAGUAGGGGAAGUACAUUGGUAUCUUUGGAAACCCAGCGGCCAGUUUUUAUAUGUGGUUAAUGUGUAACCUUACACAUGAAAGUCAGAAGAUCAAUAAUGGGACAUUUCCCAGCCAUAAAAUGGCCUUUCUUACCUUGGAACUAGCACAUGACUGUCAAUCUUAACAUAAAAUGUAAUUUUCUGGAGUGCAAUAGAAACUUUGGAUCAAAGUUGUGAGUGUCACGGGUGGAUGACUUCUAUCACUGUGCAUGACAUGAAAUGCUUUGUCAUUUUCUUAGUUAUGAAGGAAUUGUUGGAACCUAAGAAAUUUUGUGGCAUUUUGAUUUUAGGCAUGAGGUACAAGUUUAAAUAGGUAAAGCUUGCUUCAUAUUCUUUUGUGUUCAGGUUGUAACUUUAAAAAAAAAAAACCAGUUCUCUUUGAGAUUGUUUUUCUUCCAAAUGUCAAAAUCAGCUUUCUUCCCUGUUUGAAACCAGAAGUACGUUUUUUUGGAAUUGGCCAGCUGUAAAAAGACACAACACCUUAAACGUUCAGAUUUAUUUUUUAAUCUUUGUAAUCUUAGUGAACAAAUAAUAAAUGGCUACACCACCA